AUGUUUCACAAUUAUUUGGUUGAAAUGCUUUAUCAGUUCUAUCAAUUGUUGCUGUUCGCAAUUGGUAUAUUAAUAUUUUUGAUAGCAACAUAUACAUUUUUAUUACAUGGUAAUGAAAUUCGAACAUGGACAAUAAUUCAUAGUCCAUUAUCAUCAAAACAUAUGAAUCUAGCUGCUAUUGCUUAUUUAUGUUUAAAAAUUCCUCGAUGGUAUGCACUAGGGGUACUAACUGGUAUUUGUUCAUUAAUUCCAAUACUUGGUACAGCUAUUGUUUGGAUUCCAAUAACAAUUGGUCUUUUUAUUCAACAAUCUUAUGUUAAAGCAAUUAUUACGAUUAUUGUUGGAGCUUUUGGUAUUGCAUCAAUUGAUAAUUUACUUCGACCAGUUUUUUUCUAA